AUCAAUCCUCAUUCAGGGUCCCUCCCCCGCCUCCUCUACUUUUCCAACAAGACACCCCCACAACUCAAGAGAUCCUAUCAAGUACUCUGGCUUUCUGCGCUGAGUCAGAGGGGGAUUAGUACAGCAAAAUUUGCUGGUAUUUUCCGUCUGCCGCCCAAGUCAUCUUUCCACCGAUAAACAUGGAAGACAUCGGAGAACACCAGACAGACGUCAAAGAGGACCGAAAGAGCAAACGUCGUGAGAACCCCUCCGACCGCCGCUGCUGGGACUGGAUGAUUGUAUCAGGCGCCUGCCACUAUGCCAGGGAUCGUAUAUCCUUCACAGACUACCGCCCGGUGGAACGUACGAUCGGGGAUUCAAAGACCUACGUUGCUGGAGUGGGAUCGGUUGAACUGAACGUACUCCCAGGACCAGGAUUACCGCCCCGAACCAUCCUGCUGCAUGAAGUUCUCCAUAUUCCGGCCGCUCUCUCUAAUGGAUUCAAUUUCGGGAAAUAUCUCAAAGCUAACGGAGGGGAGACGAAGUUUGGCCCAGGCGUCUGGACUUCAACUGAUGGAGAAGGCCGCCCCUUAUGGACAAGCCAGCCCUUUGCUGGAUUAGACAAACUGCUUUUGGCUGGAAAUCCGCAGGGGGAAUCUUUUCUUGGGGACGGGCCGAAGAUGCUGAGUAUGUACUUUAGCGGAGAGGACCUUGAAGGUAUCAUGUCUUAGAAUCGGUC